AUGAUGAAGCAGCUCCUCAACCAAAUAAACUUAGCUCAAAACCUUGGCCUUGAACAACAGGGCGAAGAGAUAAGGAUGGACGAACACGCCGAUAGGCAGUUCGAUGGGAACCAAGUAGGUCGAGUAGGAGUAAGUAGACAAAGAGAUGCACAACAAUGUGAUCAGCUUGCCGACAUAUCGCAAGCAUCAGCAAGCCACACUUAG